GGGACGGAGAUCGACCAUAUUCUUAUAAAGGUUAAACAGCAAGCGUCUAACUAAAUAUGUUUGUUUUUCGAUGUUUCGUUUUAUAUUGUAUCACUGUUGUCGGUGCACAAACAUAUAGUUUCGGUAGUUUCCAUCCGGGUGCUUUCGUUGGAAAUAUGCAAUAUCAAAAUCCUAAUCAAAUUCCUCAGUUUGGAUCUCAACAAUCAUCGGGAACACAACAAUCUGGAACACAGUCUCCAAGUGCGUCACAACAGUCAGGUGGACAGCAGCAACCAAAUACCUUUGUCCCAGGUGGUUUCGUUGGAAAUUUAAAAUAUCUAAAUGCCAAUCAAAAUCCUCAGACUGGUCCUCAACAGCCAUCGGUAACGCAGUCACCAAGUGCUGCACAACAGCCUGUAACACAGUCCCCAGGUGCUACGCAACAGCCUGUAACACAGUCUCCAAUUGCUACGCAGCAAGCAGUCACACCAAAAACAUCAGGUUCCAACAUCAGUUCGCCGCAGUCAUCUUCUUCAGGGGAUCUAUGUAAUCCAGCUCCUGUUAACUGUGUGACCGGUAUAACAGUUGAUUCUCAGGGAUGUCCUAUAUGCAAUCCGAACGGAAAUGGUCAAAACUCUCCUUAUACAGGAACUGGUCAAGGUGGAACUAACUGUCCAAAGCUUGAUAUGUCCAAGUGUCCAAAUAAUAUGUGUGUGGAUCCAACCAGUGGAUGUCCAACUUGUGACUGUAAUAAAGCUAAAGUCCCAUCCACACAGGCUCCAACUACAACCACACAGGCUCCAACUACUACCACAAAGGCUCCACAUACAACCACACAGGCUCCGACUACUACCUCACAGGCUCAAACUACAACCACACAGGCUCAAACUACAACCACACAGGUUCAAACUACUACAACAAAGGCUCCGACUACUACAACAAAGGCUCCAACUACUACAACAAAGGCUCCAACUACUACAACACAAGCUCCAACUACUACCACACAGUCUUCAACUACUACCACACAGGCUCCAACUACUACCACACAGGCUCAAACUACUACCACACAGGCUCCGACUACUACCACACAAGCUCCAACUACUACAACAAAGGCUCCGACUACUACCACACAGGCUCCUACUACUACAACAAAGGCUCCAACUACUACAACAAAGGCUCCAACUACUACCACACAGGCUGCAACUACUACAACAAAGGCUCCAACUACAACCACACAGGCCCCAACUACUACAACAACACAGACUCCAACUACUACCACACAGGCUCCUAUUACUACAUCAAAGGCUCCAACUACUACCACAAAGGCCCCAACUACUACAACAAAGCCUCCAACUACUACUACAAAAGCACCAACUACAACCACACAGGCUUCUACUACUGCCACACAGGCACCAACUACUACCACACAGGCUCCAACUACUACCACACAGGCUCCAACUACUACCACACAGGCUCCAACUACAACCACACAGGCUCCAACUACUACCACAAAGGCUCCAACUACUACCACACAGGCACCAACUACUACCACAAAGGCUCCAACUACUACCACACAGGCACCAACUACUACAACAAAGGCUCCAACUACUACCACACAUGCACCAACUACUACAACAAAGGCUCCAACUACUACCACACAGGCUCCCACUACUACCACACAGGCUCCAACUACUACAACACAAACUCCAACUACUGCAACAACACAGACUCCAACUACUACAACUACACAAGUUCCAACUACUACAACUACACAAGCUCCAACUACUACCACACAGAUUACAACUUCUACGCAGGUUCCAGUGACAACAACUAAGACGAUAGCUACAACUGUAGUACCGACUCAAAAGAAGACUACAGUUUUUCAAAAGAAAUUCACUAGUAUUAAACCAAUAACAAAAGGGGCAUCCUUACCUGCGUCUACUUCGAUCACUACACAUAAUGUAACAUCAACUUCAUCAUAUAGUGUAGAAACAACUACAGAAAAUGCAACAACGACUUCAAUGACUACUUUAGCAACAACAACACCAACUACUAUAAUAACAACUACAACAGCUCUAGGUGGAUGUCCACCAUAUCCAGCUAAUUGUCCGAACGAGUGUAGUACAUAUGAUUUUAAUUUUUGUUUAGUUUGUGAUUAUUCUACUUGCUCUGUAACACCACCUCCUAGAGCUACCGGGCCGACAUGUCCUAAUAUGUUUUGUAUAUUACCCUGUGGUGGACAUUAUAAGAAAGAUGCAAAUGGAUGCGACAGGUGUGAAUGCGCUAGUUAA